AAAUUUAAUUGUAUUUUACAGGUGGCAGAUCUAUGGAUUUCUAAGCCGUGCAGCUGUAUCACAUGGUCCUUACAAAGUGGUUCAUGUCAAAUACCAACUACACGUUUAGUUUGGUUAUUUUUAAGUGUAAAUGUCGCUGUUUAUAUCCUCAGAUGCUCAGGCUGCAGUGAUCCAGUCAGAGGCGAAGUGAGAGGAUGUCUGUGGGGUGUUGGCGGAGGUGUGCGCUGGGGCCCCUAGGUGGCGCCCUGCUCUCGGCGUCCAGAUGCUGCCAGGUGAGCGCAGGUGAGGGGCGCCGCCACUACGGGUCUCCCGUCCGCAUGCGGGCACACAGGAGGGUGGUGAUCACGGGCAUCGGCCUGGUGUCUCCGCUGGGCACGGGCACGGCUCUGCCCUGGCAGCGCCUGAUCGCGGGCGAGAGCGGCAUCGUGGCGCUCGACGCGGAGGCGUACAAGACGGUGCCCUGCAAGGUGGCGGCGCUGGUGCCCAGAGGAGAGGGCGAGGGGGAGUUCCGGGAGGAGCGCUACGCCAGCCGCAGCGACAUCAACAGCAUGUCGCCGGCCACCGUCAUGGCGAUGGCGGCGGCGCAGCUGGCCCUGGAGGAUUGUGGGUGGUAUCCCAGCAGCCCCGAGGAGCAGCUGAGCACGGGCGUCGCCGUGGGGAUGGGCAUGGUGUCGCUGGAGGAGAUCGCGCGCACGGCCGCCACCUUCGAGUCGCGCGGCUACGGCCGCGUCAGCCCCUUCUUCGUGCCGCGCAUCCUGGUCAACAUGGCGGCCGGACACAUCAGCAUCAGGCACCAGCUGAAGGGGCCGAACCACGCCGUGUCCACCGCCUGCACGACCGGCGCUCACGCCGUCGGGGACGCCGCCCGCUUCAUCGCCCACGGAGACGCCACGGCGAUGGUCGCCGGGGGAACGGAGGCGUGCGUGGGGCCGCUGGCGCUGGCGGGGUUCGCGCGGGCGCGUGCGCUCAGCACCAGCUGGAACGAGAGCCCUCGGCUGGCGUCGCGCCCGUUCCACCCGCAGCGCGAGGGCUUCGUGAUGGGAGAGGGCGCCGCCCUGCUGGUGCUGGAGGAGCACGGGCACGCCGUGGCGCGCGGCGCUCGCAUCUACGCCGAGGUGCUCGGGUACGGCCUCUCGGGCGACGCCAGCCACAUCACCGCGCCCACCGCCGACGGAGACGGGGCACUGAGGUGUAUGUCUGCUGCAGUGCGGGACGCGGGCGUGGACGUCUCCACGGUGACCUACAUCAACGCGCACGCCACCUCCACGCCACUAGGGGACGCUGCGGAGAACGCGGCCAUCAAGAGGCUGUUCGGGCCGCACGCCGCCGCGCUGGCCGUCUCCUCCACCAAGGGUGCCACGGGGCAUCUGCUGGGCGCGGCCGGGGCACUGGAGUGCGCCAUCACGGCCCUCGCGUGCCACCACGCCACGCUGCCCCCCACGCUCAACCUGGACCGCACCGACCCCGAGUUCGACCUCAACUACGUGCCCCGCGCCGCCCAGCCCUGGACCGCCGCCGGACGCAGAGUCGCCCUCACCAACUCCUUCGGCUUCGGGGGCACCAACGCCUCCCUCUGCCUCGCCAGCGUCUGACGAGCGACGCAGCGACUCCCUGAGCCGUGUAGCCAGCGUCUGACGAGCGAUCGAGCGACUCCCUGAGCGUGUCGUUAGUGUCUGACGAGCGUCCGCACACCUAAAGACUCGCUGAGCCGUGUGGUCGAGCAGCGCUGCUCCUUCUCGUUGGUGCGGAGCGACACAUUUUCACCCAGAGGACUUCAGUCGUUAGUGGGCAGCUUAGUGGGCGAUCGACCAAUCAGAACUCAUGGAAUUAAGCAUGUGAUUGCAAGAUGUUACCCCGUGUGUCAUCACCAUAAGGGGCCUGUGUGUGUGUGUGUGUGUGUGUGUGUGUGUGUGGGGCCUGAGGGGUAGUAGGCCCACUCGUCUGAAGAGUCUGGACAUACAGAAGAGGCUCAGCGUGCCGAUUACUGCUACUGCGCUCUUAACAGGAACUGUGCUAUACUGUAAAGGAUGUGAUUGGCUGUAUGUAUGGAACUGUUGCUAUAAAGGAUGUGAUUGGCUGUAUGAAUGGAACUGUUGCUAUAAAGGAUGUGAUUGGCUGUAUGAAUGGAACUGUUGCUAUAAAGGAUGUGAUUGGCUGUAUGAAUGGAACUGUUGGUGUGAGGGUCGAGGGAUGUGAAUGGUUGUAUGAAUGAAUGAAUGAAUGAAUUAAUUAAUAAAUGAAUGAAUAGAUAGUGGUGUGAAAA